AUGGAUGCAAAGCCACCUUCGUAUCCGAAUUUGCCGCGACUCGCGGUCCUCAGUGCCUCAGAUGACAGCGAAAAUGGCAUCAGCGCCGAUCCUGGCGAAAGCACGUCGGCCCAGGACGUUUCCAAAUCGACCGAGAACGUUGGGACAUCGCACGCCGAGUCGUGCGAUGCAUCGUAUUCGGAAUCACACGAGGAGUAUAAAGACGAGUUGAAAAAAUCUGCCAGCAGCACCAAAGUCAAAUCGCACGUCAACCGGGCGUUUGGAGGCACAAAGCAGGGCAACGAGUCCAUCUUCUCGCUUGCUGACGAGCUCUCGAAAAAAUCCUCCGAAGACCGGCGACGGUCGUCGGCGCUGAGCUCGAUGGCCGGAAAGAUCAACACGACUCCAAAGAUCGGCCGCAUCAUCUCCAUCAACCCGCCUACGCCCGAGGCCAGUCUCACGGUCAACCUCGAUAUGCCCGACCUCCCGGUCGUAUCGCGUCACUCCAACUUCAUCACCCGGCACUUUGGCUUCACGGUCUGGCUCGCGAAUGCCUUUCUCUCCGUCGUCGUCCCGCUUCUCCGUGGCCCAAGCGGCGGAUUCAAGGACAACACCGUCCGCACGUCGCGCUACACGCCGCUGACCUUUGUGCCGAAGCAGCUCUACGCCCAGUUCAGCAAGGUCGCCAAUAUGUACUUUUUGCUGGUGUGUGGGCUGCAGAUGGUGCCGGGUUGGAGUCCCACUGGCCGGUUCACGACCAUCUUCCCGCUGGGCCUCACCGUGCUUCUCUCGAUGGCACGCGAGGGCUACGACGACUACUGCAGACACAUAUCCGAUAACACCGAAAACAACGGUAUCGUGACCAAGCUCGAGGCCGCCAAAGGUUCCAGUCCACCGCGCUUUGAGUGGGGCCAGGAGCUCCGGAAAAACAUCACCGUCGGCACCAUCGUUCGGAUCGACGAGCACGAGGUCUUGCCGGUCGAUCUGGUGGUCCUGGCGUCGUCCCAUCCAGAAGGAAUCGCGUUCGUCGAAACCGCCAACCUCGACGGCGAAACCAAUCUCAAACAGAAACAAGCCCUCAGCUCCACAUGCAACGCGAUCACCAGCCUCGAGAGCCUGUCGGGAUUCCAGGGCUACAUUCACGCGCAGCCACCAAAGGAGGACCUAUACAGCUUUGACGGGUAUUUGGAGGAUAGCUCAGGCGGCCGAUAUCCGCUGACCGUCAACCAACUCCUCCUUCGUGGAUCCACGCUCAAGAACACAAAGUACGUCUACGGAAUCGCCGUCUACACAGGCGAAGACACCAAGAUCCGAAAAAACGCCACGUCCUCAAGCAGAACCAAGGCGCCGGCCCUCGAGCGGCUCACAAACGGAAUCGUCAUCUUUGUCUUUCUCGCCGUCGUGCUGCUUUCGGGGGCCUGUACAAUCUUCUAUGUCGGAUGGAACGCCGUCGUGGACACCUGGCAGGAGCACCACUGGUACCUUUGCUAUCUUGGCGCCGCCUGCACUGAUGUCAACGUCGAAAGUGGGCAAGCAAGCAUCUACGUCGCCCAGAAAUACGCAGCAUCCAGCCUAGCAUCAACAUUCUUCUCGUUCGUGAUCCUGUACAACACCAUGAUUCCAAUCUCCCUCUACGUGACCAUGGAGCUCGUCAAGCUUGCGCAGGUAUUCUUCAUCAACCACGACAUCAACAUGUAUGACGAGAACUCGGACACCCCCGCCCAAGCCAUGACAAGCACCCUCAACGAGGACCUUGGUCAAGUGCAGUACAUCUUCAGCGACAAGACCGGAACCCUGACAGAGAACAUCAUGCUCUUCAAAAAAAUGUCGCUGGGUGGCAUCCGCUGGGUUCAUUCGUACGGAGGCACGAUGGACCCGCAGGACGCGCACGAAGACUGUCUUUCUACGAAACUGCUGCUGCAAGACCUGUUCACGAGCAACACCUCGCAGCAGACCAUGAAAAACGCCAUCCUUCGCAGAGCAGAGGAUUUUCUCGAAGCUAUGGCACUCUGCCACACAGCCAUACCAGACCAAAAAUCCGCCGCAGACGCAAAGAACUGGGUGAACUCAUUCGAGACGGGUGGCGACGACGGAUGGGAGCCGCCUUCGCGGUCAGAGAGCGACCUCAAAAUCUCGUAUCAGUCUUCGUCGCCAGACGAGGUGGCUCUGGUCAACGCCGCGCGAGACCUCUUCUUCAGCUUACGCAGCAAAACCUCCUCCAAGGUGACCCUGAAUGUCCUCAACUCGCCGACAGACAUCGAGUACAUGGUUCUCACGACCAUCGAGUUCACGAGCGCACGGAAGAGAAUGUCGACCAUAUACAAGUACCCAGACGGCCGAAUCGUACUGCUGUGCAAGGGCGCCGACUCUGUCAUUAUCCCGCGCCUGGUGCCCAUCGACCUCAUCCCCUCCGACGAGAUCGGCGUUAUGAAAUCCACUCUGGAGCACGUCGGGCAGUUUGCCAAGGAGGGUCUUCGCACGCUUGUAUAUGCCUGCAAGAUCCUGACACCGGAAGACUUUGAGGACUGGCACAAGAGCUAUGUGCUGGCGUCAACGUCGCUAGAUCAGCGGGCCAAGUUCAUGGACGAGGUCGCAGACACCAUUGAGCAGGAUCUUAUCCUACUCGGGGCGACGGCCAUCGAGGACAAGCUCCAGACAGGCGUGCCGCAGACGAUCGGCAAAAUGAGGCGAGCCGGCAUCCGAUUGUGGAUGCUGACGGGGGACAAGAAAGAAACGGCCGUCAACAUUGCCUACAACUGUGGCCUCGUAUCCAACGACAGCAAGGUGCUCCUGAUCGACGGCAACAACGACGUCGAGAUCGAUCACUCCAUAUCAUACGCACACCAAGUAUGCGUGGACCUUCACAGGGCUGUCGCUAAAAACGUGGACAAGCAUCGCUCAAAGUCAACCAUCUCGGACAAAACCAAAGCGGAGCAUCUGGUGAUGGUCAUUGACGGCGACGCCCUCAACAAGAUCGAGCGCCAGCACGCCUGCUGGGAAAUUUGCGAGAAUACCGGCUCGAAGCUCCGGAACUUGGAGGAGAACUUUGAUUCAUCCUUGAGGAACAUCCAGAUCCGUCACAUAUCGCUGCUUCAUCGGCUGGCAGAAGUGGGGAUCAUGUGCGACAACGGCAUAUGCUGUCGCUUCUCGCCCUCUCAGAAGGCUCUGAUGGUCGGUGUGGUCAAGAAGGCGCUGCAGGAGCAAAAGGAGAGCUACAUGGUGAGCUCGCCGCUGAAGCGGGACCUGUACGGAUCGUCGGUGGUCGUUUACCAGUUCCUAAAGAAAUGGAUCCGGCGAUUCAAGCUCUCAUCGCAUCCCUCUGGCGUGACCCUGGCCAUUGGCGACGGCGCCAACGACAUACCGAUGAUCCAAACAGCCCACGUCGGCAUCGGCAUCACCGGCAAGGAGGGACUCGCCGCCGCCCGCGCCUCGGAUUACACCAUCGCACAGUUUCGAUUCCUGGAGCAUCUGCUGCUGGUGCACGGGCGCUACUCCUACAAUCGCAUCUGCCUCUUCACCGUGGGCACGUUCUACAAAUGCAUCACGUUUUAUGCCACCCAGGGAGUCUUCCAGCUCUGGACGGGAUGGUCGGGCACGUCGCUGUACGAGCAAUGGACCCUGGCACUCUUCAACAUUCUGUUUUCGUCGCUGCCGGUGAUCGCCAUUGGGAUUUUCGAGAAAGAUCUGAGUCAGGCGACUCUGCUGAAGGUCCCGGAACUCUACCGCUACGGCGCCGAAAACCAGGGACUCAACAUGAUCAUCUUCUGGAGAUGGAUGCUGCAGGCGUUCUUCCAUGCCCUGGUGUCGCUGUCGAUUCCGAUGAUACUCUACUGCGGAGCAUACUACAAGCUGGAGGUGACGGACUCCACCUUGACGCUGGCAACCUAUUUGCGCAGCGACCUGUCGGGCCACUCGCAGGAAGCGUCACUCUACGUGAUCGGAACGCUCAUCUACCAAAUCGUCGUUGUGAUCAUCACCUUCAAGAUCUCUUACAUCGAGUCGCACACUUGGAACAUAUUCACGCAUUUCGCUGCCUGGGCCUCGAUCGCCGUCUGGUUCAUCUACGAGUUUGUCUAUCCCGAGGUGUGGCCGCAUUUGUUUGACCUGGGCAUCGACGAGGCAGGGAUGCAGUAUGGGCUCGGCCCCGCAUUCUUGCCCUUCAUAGCAACGACGGUUCUGUCAGUGAUCUUUGCGAUCCUGUUCAACGAUGUCAUCGCCCGCGCUUGGACCUGGGUCAUCCCGCGAACCAACAAGUUUCUGUUCGACGUAGUCGGUGCCAGAAAGACACGAGCCACUGGCGACGUUUCCAAAGAGACCGGCGAGGUUCCAUACUUUUGGACCCCAUCAAAUGCGCCGCCCUCGAUGUGGCUGGAAUCAACCAUGAUUGAACUCUGGCAGGUGUGGGAGGGCGAAAACCUCGAGUGGCCCACUCCACGGGUCGAGACAGCGCCGACUGAAAGCGCCAAGGACAAAUGGAAUACUUUGACCAAGUCACGACCACAUGUCGCUCCGCAUCCCAAUGAAUAGCGCACCCCGAAUGGCAUGUAUUCGGCCAUUUUACUGCGAUGGGUCCUGCAGACGCGAAUCCCGUAUCGAUAUGCGCUGCCGAGCAAAAAUGUGCCCUCAGACAGUACCCCCCCCCAACGAUUCGAUCGGCAAAUGCAAUCUGCAGCGGCCGGCAUCAUGAAUAUGCUCGUCGUGCAAGUCCACCCAUAUCUGCUCUUGACCUUGUUUCUUUCGUUUGAUUGUUUUUGAAGCCCUCUGUUGAAUGGCCAGUCGCCUCUGUGUAUCCCAAGACGGAACGUCGUCGGUGAUGAUACCGUCAAUCAUCGUGUCGCCUGAAUACAGUGAAUGCAAUG